CUCAUACCCUCACUACACUUCGCGGCUCGAGCCGAGUUUGAGCAGCCGUGCGGUUUGAGCGUUUCGAGCCGAGUCCGACCGAAGUCCUGUCUCUCGCCGGGAGCACAUGCGCUGUACUCGCGCGACCUGCCAAGACAAGUCCCGGUCCCCGUUUCUUUGUUUUUCACGUUGUACCUAUCAGACGCAAAUUCGAGAGACACGAAAAUAUCGUUUAUCGCGCUCGAAUUUAAUUACGUUGUCGCGGAAACGACCUGUGCGACGCUGCUGAAUUUUAAAGUUUUCGGUUAACGGGACGUAUUUCAUAACCUAGAAUCUCUAUAAAUAUCCGAGCGAGCUUAGACCAGACCUGCAACGACGAACCAGUAAAGUAUCAGCGUAAUGUACACACACACCCUCGGCUAAGAAGUUCUUUAAAGAAGCAUCGAGUGAAGGCUAAAUCAAAGCGGGGUAACGUGCUCGAGAAGAAUGGCAGCCGGGUGUCGUUCUUGCAAGACAUAAUAAUAAACGUUUAAACGAUACUGUGCGGAUUUGAUUAGUAAUUUUUUUGUUUUCCUAUGUAAAUAUAUAAAUGUACAUGUAGAGUCAGUGGUGCGUGAACUGUACAGUGUUUUAUUGAAUCCAAAUAAUAAAUGUGAUAAACGUUGAGACUCGCCGAGAGAAGUGCAAAGAAGAAGAGUAUAUAUUGGUUCGAAAGGCAUCGAAGAGGUGGCGUUAUGCGACUCCGCAGCCGACGGCAUCCACGACGUCCACGUCCUGACGUAUUCCUGGAUUGAUCCUGAAGGAAUUUCGACGAGGGAACCUCGUUCUCCUCCGACGACGACGCCGACGCCGACGACGACCCCCCUCCGCCCCGUUGUGAAGUGUUGAUUUGUUUUGAUGCGCCCUGUCAGAGUGUACCGUGUUCAGAGGAAGAUUCCGCCGACGUUACUUUGAGGUUAAACGAGGAACUACGAAGGACGAGUGGGACGACGCGCGGCGGACGCCAUCUCCGCGUCACCGGCGUCCAGCUCCCACGGUCCACCUAUACCUGCUUCGACGUCUCACACCCUUGGCGGGCACCACCCCGCGACAGCAGCCACCCUGAUGGGAGUGUAUGAGGAGCGCGCCCCUCCCAACACCGGCAUGCACUGGCAGCCGCCGAGCUCUCAGGAGCGUGGUAGCGGCUUGGGUUUGGGGUGCCAAGGAGGGCCUGGCAGUGCAGGUGGGCCAGGAGGUGUCGACCAGGCCCGUGACCUUAGCCCUUGUCUCCCUGCGUCGAUGGGAGACGCUGCAAGACCUACGACCCUACCCUGCAGUCCACCCGCGGCCCAUCAUCACGGGACCAGUCAUCAUACGGCCCUGACCCAUCAGACCCACUGUGGUACCAAUAACAAUUGCUACGACAGCUCCAGCACGCCCUACGACUCCAGGGACUACGGAUCUCCCGGAGGUGGUACCGAAUAUCGUACGAGCAACUAUGAACACUCGAAUGACCUCAGCAUGCCACCACAGACCACGCAUCACCAUCAUCACCAUCAUCAUCAUCAUCUGCAUCAGGCCCAAGAACACCAUCCCCAAGAGCAACAGCAACAGUCGGAGCAUCUUCACGCUGUACCGAAGCUGGAGCCUCCACCCACGCCCCCCUCCCAGUCCGAGGACGUCCCGGCCGUCGUCUGCGCAGGAUGCGGCCUCAGGAUAUCCGACAGGUUUUAUCUCCAGGCUGUGGACAGAAGAUGGCACGCGGCCUGCCUCCAGUGCUCCCACUGCCGCCAGGGCCUCGACGGCGAGGUCACGUGCUUCAGCAGGGACGGCAACAUCUACUGCAAGAAGGAUUACUACCGAAUGUUCGGCGGCAUGAAGAGGUGCUCCCGAUGCCAGGCGGCCAUCUUGGCCUCGGAACUUGUGAUGAGGGCCCGCGAACUUGUUUUCCACGUGAGGUGCUUCUCGUGCGCGGCCUGCACCAUCCCCCUGACCAAGGGCGACCACUUCGGCAUGAGGGACGGCGCCGUCCUGUGCAGACUCCACUACGAGAUGGGGGCGGAUUUGCAUCCCUCGCAGAGUCCACCGGUUCCUGCCUAUCCCCCAGGACCCCAUUACCCUGGACAACCGUUUCCAUCCCCCGAAUUCCUCCACCACCAUCCCCACGGGCCCCACGGGCCUCAUCCCCAUCACUCGAUGCAUCCUCAGCAUCCCCAUCAGCACACGCACGUCAGUCCCGUUCCUCUGCAACCGGCCACCCCCUCGGGACCGGAUGCUGGGUCGCCACCCAAGGUUCCCUACUUCAACGGGGCCGCUGCGGGGGUGCCGCCACCCAGACAGAAGGGCCGACCCAGGAAGAGGAAGCCGAAGGAUCUGGAGGCCAUGACAGCCAGUCUGGAUCUCAAUGCCGACUAUAUAGACAUGCCCUUCGGUAGGGGUGGUCCAGGGACACCGGGGAUGCCAGGAUCAAACAGUCGAACCAAACGGAUGAGGACGAGCUUCAAGCAUCAUCAGCUCAGGACGAUGAAGAGCUACUUCGCCAUUAAUCAUAAUCCUGACGCGAAGGACCUCAAGCAGCUUUCGCAGAAGACCGGCUUGCCGAAGAGGGUGCUUCAGGUCUGGUUCCAAAAUGCCCGUGCAAAAUGGCGGCGCAUGGUGCUCAAGCAGGAAGGCAAGUCGGACAAGUGCGGUGGCGGAGUCGACGGUGGCUCCUUGGGGGAUCUUGAGCUCUAUGGCAACAGUGCCGGAAGUGGUGGGCCCCCCAUGAGUCCCCCGUUUAUGUUGGGCGGGCCCCAUAGUCCGGCCUCCCUGGCUUCUCUGGAUUGCGCGUGAUGAGACGGGAUCCAUCUGGGCGAAGUCGGAUCCACUGACGUCACUGAUCAAGAGGAGGAGAUCUGGCGGGCCACGUGGCGGCCUUCCGGCCUCCAGCGUCCCAGGGAAUCGCAAGGGCGCGUCCCGGACGAUCUUCACCACUAACUGCAAACUCCGUUCCGAAUUACCUACGAUCUUACUAGACGAAGAAAUAAGUCCCUAGAUAUUCCCCAGAGAAUUGUACAUAUUUCUUUGUUGCGCGAAGUCACGAGUCGCGGUGGGUUUAAUUUCAAAUUUGAAGGGUCACGCUCGCUUUCCAUGCAUCCGCAUGACACUUGUGUGGAUCAUCCCUUAAAUCACUCGCAACCCCACUCGAAUGACUUCCUUGAAUAUUUCGAAAAAAAAAAAAAAAAAAAAAACUUUUCCUCCAAAUCCAGAGGACUACUGUAUAUUUCUCAUUUCUAAAUGGACAUUCCGGUACGACGUGUUGUUCGGUGUCACCCUGUAGUAUCUUGCCGGAAUCCUCGUAAAGAAUGAAAAGUAAGAAAAAAACAAGAAAAAAGAAGAUAUUCGUGACCGAGUACGUUCUGUGAGUAUUUAUUAUUGAUGAGGAAGGACAGGCGACGAUGAUGUGUAAAUUUCGACGUAUUAGCGUGCAUGUAAUAAGAAUGGUGAUUAAUUAAGGAUUUAUAAUAAAUCUGCGUCGUAUCGAUGAUAGAUAGAUAGAUCGAUAACUGUGUAUAUCGUGUGUGGCGCGAUAGAGGGACAAAUCGCAUUGUACUAUACGAAUGUGAGUGGAUGAAUGUGUGUGAGAGAGAGAGAGAGAGAGAGAGAGAGAGAGAGAGAGAGAGAGAGAGAGAGAGAGAAAGUAAAGAG